UAUUUUUACUCGUGCUGACAAGGGCAAUUCCACUGUAGCAAUUUCCAGAAGGGAAUACAUUAGAAUAAUGCANGACACAUUGAGUGACACCAACACAUACUCAGUUGUAAAUAAAGAUCCCACACGCUAUAUAGAAAACAAUUUAAAGGAUAUACUUACAAGAUGGCAUUCCAAAUGUUUUAUUAAUAGCGACACAAAGAAAUUUUUAAUGUCCAGUGACUCGUUGUUACCCAGAGCUUACGGAGUGCCGAAAAUUCAUAAAGAUAAUUGUCCUUUCAGAUUGAUAGUNUCCACAAUUGAUAGUUCUUUACACAAUAUUGCACAUUUCUUACAUAAAAUUCUAUACAAAAGUAUACCUAAUUCUCCAUUUUUCGUUGAUAAUAGCUUCCACUUGCAUAACAUUUUGUCCGGUAUUCAGGUUGAUAGUGACGAUAUACUGUGCUCGUUNGAUGUAGUAUCUUUGUUCACAAACAUACCCAUUGAUUUAGCUUUAACAAGUGUAUCCAAAAAAUGGAGAUACAUAAGAAUGCACACAAAAAUAAGCGAGCAAGAGUUUAUCGUUGCGUUGAGAUUUGUGAUGUCGUCGACNUAUUUUAAAUUCAAUAAUACCAUAUAUAAACAAAUAUUUGGUGCACCAAUGGGAUCACCUUUGUCACCAAUCAUGGCAGAUUUAGCAUUACAAGAUAUAGAGCUACAAGCUCUCAACGCCAUUAAGUUUCACAUACCUUUCUACUACAGAUAUGUCGAUGACAUCAUAUUAUCAUUACCAAGGAGCAGGGUAAGCGAGGUGGUUGGUAUUUUCAACUCAUUUCACCCUAGGUUGCAAUUUACACAUAAGUUGCAGACGAGUGUUGGACUUGGCUUUCUUGAUUUGUGUGUUAAUAUCAAUAAUAAUGUUGUCACUUGUGAUUGGUACCACAAGCCAACAUUUUCAGGCAGAUACUUAAACUUUUCACAAAAAGAACCUGGAAUUCUGCAUAAAUACGUUGAUUGCCAACAACUAUCCUCUGCAGUUCGUGUUUUGCAACAUCAAUAGACGUUUGAAAAAAUUAUUCACCACUAAACUCAACAAACCAAACCAUCUCGAGUGUGGUGGUAAAGAUUCAUCUUCUACACACUACUUUGUAUUACCAUACACAACAACAAUCAAUAAACAUAAAAAUUUUAACAUACCAAUAAUUGAUAACAAACAAACAAGACUCUCAUACAGAACUAUAAAUAAUCUCAACAAAUUUAUUAAAACACACAAGGAUACUAUACCUAAAGAUAAAACGAGGAAUGUGGUUUACAACAUUCACUGUAACAAUUGUGAGGCUAUAUAUAUCGGCCAAACAAAAAGACAACUCAAAACGAGAAUCAAAAAACACAUAUAUUCAGUAAGUUGUCAUCAUGAAAAGUCAGUAAUUUUUGAACAUUGCAUGAAGACCAGACAUUCUUUCAAUUGGAACUCAGUAAAAAUCCUUGAUAAAGAAUCCAAUUAUUUUAAACGGUUGACGUCUAAAAUGGUUAACAUUAAGAUAAAAAACAACACUAUAAAUGUUAUGCAAGACACAGCGUUGUUAGAUGAAACUUAUCUACCUUAUCUAGAACAAAUUAAACACAUAGAUAACUCAUAGAGGGAGCUAGUUUAAAAUCUGAAAAAUUACCCUCAGUACUGACGAUAAAUCCGCAGUAACAACACACACAUUUGUGUCAACACACAGACAUACAUUAUUGUCAUUUAAAUGUUGUAAUAUUUUGUAAGUUUUUUAUUCUUUUUGGUUUUUUAUAUGUCACACAUUGUAAU